UCCGUCCUCUCGGUCCUGUCGGUCCUCCGCCGGUGUCUUCUGUGUCUUUGUUCUCCGGAGUGUCCGUCCUCCGUCUCCGCCUCGGUCCUCCCCGGCUCACCGCUCACCUCCAGCUAACAGCAAGACACCGGGAGGACCUGGAUCCAGUGACCGGGACGCAGAGCAGGGAGCCGGGCUGAGCUCACAGGAGGAGCCGGUGUCUGUGUGGUUCUCCUGAUGGAUUUUACAUAAAUGUUUGUCCUCUAAAGCCCACAAUAAUGCGCUCUGCGAGGCUAAUGCUAAUUACACUGUGCGCUGAUUAGCCGGCUCUGCUAACCAGGUCAGGUAAACUAGUUAAACUAGUCAGUGUUCUGACCUCUAACUCACAUUUCUGCUCCGCUUAAAGUGCCUGUUUUUUAAAGCUACUCUGGUGCGCUAGAGCUGCUAAUUUACACAGCAGCUAGCCGCGACGGAAACUGGCUCCAAGUCUAGUUUGAGUUGGUGAAACUGAGUUUUUUAGCAUUUAGUUCCGAGGGUGAAGCUGUCUUCUUGGUUUAAGUGUCCUUAAGCUUUUUUAUUUGAGGUUUCAGUUCAGGUGGACUUUAUUUCACUUGUUUUUUGAAUGUAGUUUGGCCCGUUUUAUAGAGUCAGGCAGAGUCUAGUUCAAAACUAGGUUUAAAUGUAGACGAGGUUUGGUUAAACCGUGUUUAAACGGGCUAAAAGCCGACUCUAAAUAUAGGACAGUCCAGCAGAUUUAAGAGACGCUGGUUUAAGGUCAGUUGUGGCUCACAAGUGUCCUUAUUGGUGUUAAUUUUUAAUCUAGAUUUGGCUUUGAGUUAAAUUAGACGUUUCGUCAAUGAGGUUUUGAAUGCAGAGUCGUGUUAAGCUGAGGGCUAAACUUAGCUAGUAUCUGAAGUAAAACUAGGCUCACGUGUAGACUAAGAGGUUUUAGCUUGACUACAACAGAGUUUAGGUUUGGUGAACUGGUCUCACGUGGAACUAGGUUAGAAAUGUAAUUGGUACUGGGUUUAAUGUGGAUCUAGAACCCGAGUUUUAACUCUGUUUGGGUCACAAGUGUCUUCAUUAGUGUGUAUUUCCAAUCAAAAGCUAAAUUAGGCUUUUGUUUAAUGAGGGUUUGAAUGCAGGUUGCCUUUGACAACAUAACAUCAGUGUCUGCUGGAUUAAACUGGGCUAAAGUUAAGUCUUGGGCUUAAACUGGGCUGCUGGUGUUAACUACUAUUAUUCUUAUUGGAGUUUUGAAUGCAGUCAGUCUGGAACACAGAGACUUAGAGUCACUCCAGUUUGGUGAAACUGGUUUUAAUGGGCUACACCUGGGCCUUAAAUGUUGCUACGUAAUCCUGUGUUAAACUGGGCUCUACGUGUAGUCUGUGCUGGGUUUACUGGUAUCCAGAAGCACCCAGUCCCCGUUUAGUAAGUGUCCUUAUUUAUUUCUGGUUUAAAUAAAGGUUGGGUUUUGAAUGCAGGGCUGCUGUGGUUUAAACGGGACCUUAGCUGUUGUCACACCUGGUUCUGGUCCUGUUCCAGUACAGACAGUCCGGGUUGGUUCUGAAGUUUAAAGCCCUCCUCUGGUCUUUGUUGAUGCAGUUAGUCCGGGUCUAAGCGGGGUUUAGUCCUGGGCUUAGCUCCCACCAUGGCAGAGCUCCACCAGACCCCCACCUCGUUGUGCUGCUGCCGUAAAUCCCUGCCGGUCUCUGGGGCCCGGUGCGUUGGGGAGUCCGGCCGGCCCUCGGCAGGUCCGGUUCCCGGGUCCCCACGGUGCCCCCUGGUGGACGUGGCCUCGGCGUCAAACUUCAGGUGCUUCCAGCUGCGCCACUUCCACCUGGACCUGCGGCUGAACUUUGCGGUGAAAGAGAUGAGCGGCUGGCUGGUUCUGGACCUGGUUCCGGUCCAGCUAGGGGUCUGCACAUUGGUUCUGGACACCCACCCCUCCUUGUUAAUCCACUCCAUAGACUGUAAGGUCCCCGGGGCCGGACUGGAAGAACCCGUCUCCCUUACAUACCGGGUCGACCCGUUCACGGACUACGGCUCAUCACUCAACAUCAGCCUGCCCACUGCAGCGGUGAAACCCGGCCGGCUGAUCCAGAUCACAGUACGAUACACGACCACCGACGGCCCGGCGAUCUGGUGGCUGGACUCGGAGCUGACCUGUGGACAGACUCGUCCUCUGGUCUUCACUCAGGGCCACUCGGUGUGCAACCGCUCCUUCUUCCCCUGCUUCGACACGCCGGCUGUGAAGAGCACCUACACCGCCACGGUCCGGGUCCCGGACGGAGUCACGGUUCUGAUGAGUGCGUCUCGGAGUUCCUAUUCCAAACAGGACCGAGUCUUCCAGUUCUCCAUGGAGUACCCCGUCCCGUCCUACCUGGUGGCGCUGGUGGCCGGAGAGCUGCAGCACGUCGACGUCGGGCCGAGGAGUCGUGUGUGGGCGGAGCCAUGUCUGCUGUCCUGUGCGGUGAAGAAGCUAGGGGGCAGCGUGGAGCGCUGGCUGGGCGUCGCCGAGGACCUGUUCGGACCUUACCUGUGGGGCAGGUGUGACAUCGUCUUCCUCCCCCCCUCCUUCCCCAUCGUCGCCAUGGAGAACCCCUGCCUCACCUUCAUCAUCGCCUCCAUCCUGGAGAGCAGCGAGUUCCUGCUGAUCGACGUCAUCCACGAGAUCGCCCACGGCUGGUUCGGCAACGCCGUCACCAACGCCACCUGGGAGGAGAUGUGGCUGAGCGAAGGGCUCGCCACCUACGCCCAGCGNNUUAUCACCACUGAGGCCUGCAGUGAGGCGUUCACCUGCCUGGAAACCGUCGUACGAUUGGACGCCCUCCACAGACAGCUGCGUCUCCUUGGAGACAACAACCCAGUGAGCAAACUGCAGGUCAAGUUUGAGCCAGGUGUGAACCCCAGCACUCUGAUGAACCUGUUCACCUACGAGAAAGGCUUCUGCUUCGUGUCCUACCUGUCUGAGCUGUGUGGAGACGUGCGGCGCUUCGACUGCUUCCUCAGGGACUACAUCUCAGAGUUCAAGUUUAAGAGCGUGGUGGCCCAGGACCUCAUCGACUACUUCCUGGGUUACUUCCCGGAGCUGAAGGACGCCGCCGUCGCUCAGAGAGAAGGUCUGGAGUUCGAGCGCUGGCUGAGCGGCUGUGGACCUCCUCCGUACGAGCCGGACCUGUCGGCGGGCGGCGCUCUGAUCCGACCCGUCCAGGACCUGUGUGAGCUGUGGAGGAGCUCCGACCCCCCCGACCUGCAGACGCUCUCCACCUUUGACCUCUCAGCCUGGAGCACCUUCCAGAUCGUCCUGUUCCUGGACCGCAUGUUGGACCACUCGCCGCUGCCUCACGAUGUGAUGGUGAGUCUGUCGGGUUCCUACUCGUCGCUGUUCGACGGUCUGAACGCUGAGGUCCAGAUCCGCUGGCUGCAGAUGGUGGUGAGGAACACGUUCUACCCCGACCUGCCGCGAGUCCGAGCCUUCCUGCACAAACACGUAAGAACCAGCGUCCAUCACACAUGUUCGUCUACAUACAGCAGAUUCAGUCAUCUGGACCUCCCCGCCGCCUCACAGCAGCCGCCUGCUGCCACGGCAACCGCCUCCCCUGCUGCCGGGACGACCGCCGCCAUCGCUCUGCGGGACGUUAACGUCUCGGCGUGACGCCGUCCCGCGCCGGGCUGCGAUUGGUCGGCGGUGACAGGUUCGGACAGGUUGCCACGACGACUGCAGCAGCAGCAGGUUUAAACACUGUGAGGAGGAACAAGUUUCACUCCAGAGACUUCAAAGGGUUGAAUAAAGGAGGAAGUGGCUGCCUUCAAACCCUGAGCUGCUCAAACUGUGGCCCGCGGCCCCGAGACGGGUCCCCUGAUGGGACCCAGCAGGUCUACACGUUUUUAUUUAACUUGAAACGAGACGUCAGAGUUUCAGUCACGUCGUCGGACUCGCUGAUCGUCCUGAUGUGUGAUUCUCUGACCUCAGCAGAACCUUUAAGAACUAAUAUCUGCUUUUUAAUUCACUGAAGUCAAACGUGAUCAGAGGUUUGACUCGAAGCUUAACUCAUGUCAGCAGAUCAACCGGCGCUCCGACUGUCUCUGUAUUUAUUUCCCGACGCUGCCGUGUCUCAUGGUACAGUUUGGUUUUCCACUGCAGGAACCUUUUAGGGCGACUUGAGCCUCUGAUGAGGAACCGUCCCUGUAGAACAUCUUUCAGAGGAAAAAAACUGUUUCUGCUCCAGACAAACACUGACGUCUUUCUGCCGUCUCCACGUCGACGCCAUCUUAAACUCACCACAUAGACCAACGGAACAAACAUCCAUCAUUGUUUUUAACACACAAGCUUUCAGAUUCGGCACCACAGUGAAAACACCUGAUGAUGGUUUUGUUCCUGCAGUCGGAAACUGUUCAACAUUUAACGUCCCGGAGGAGCUUCUUCCGGUUUGCUGAGCCGUGAUUGGUUCAGGAGCGAUGAGGCCGGUGAUGUGAUUGGCUGAGAGCGGAUCCUGCUGCACCUGAACUGAGCAGAACUAAACUCCCAAGACUGAAAUCUUUCACUAAAUUAACCGACAGAUCAUUCGCUAAAAGCCUGUUCAGACCUUCUACCAUCUCGUCAUGUUUUAUUUCGAGCUGAAACGAACGGGUGGACUUGAACGCAGCCCGACCGGGUUUGAAUAAACUCUACCUCCAUCUGAUCCCGACUCACCUGCAGACCCACAGAACCUCCAGUUCUGCUCCAUGAAACCUACAAACCAGCAGACUUCACCAGAGUGGCCUUACGCUGCCUUCGCUGCAGCUGGGAACCGAGACGUUCGACGUUGAUGCGACCGUUUCUACCUGAAAUCACCAGCAAUAACGUUCCAGGUGUUUGAGCGGAGGAACAGAAAGUUAAAUUUACAGGUUUGAAUGCGGAAAACAGACGACUGAACAGACACGACUGAUUUGCCAAGCAUUUAUUUCAGGCUCCUGAACACCGUGAGCGCUGAAACGUCCCACCGUUCCCAGCUGACACUGAACGCUUCUGCAGACAGAUUUAUAAUGAAUGUGUGACAGAAAUAAAAACACUUGAAACCGAA